AUGAUCAAAACGGUUGAAAAUGUAAAUGGUAGCUACAGCGCAGCACUGAGGAGCGAAACACUUAGACAGAUUCUGAUCAAUCCGGGAAAUGCCAAGAUGUUCCAUGUCCCGCUCUACUUAGUCUAUACUGAUGGACUGGAUGAGUGGCAAUCCACCAUCAAGCUCGCAAGUCAAAUCCUUCAACACUACCCUCCACAUUGCAACCCUCACUCGGAUUUCCGAACGCGGGAAAAAAGUAUCACGCGCUUAUGGCAUGGCUUUUCAAGGCUGUCAGUCUGCCUCCGCAAGAACUUCGGCAAACCCAAGACAGUCAAACGGACGACAUACUAUGCUCAUCGCCCUAGCAGAAUUACCCCACAAUGCCCCCUUCCACAUCCUUUUUCCGAGCCUUCUGUUGUCCCACAGCCGCAACCUGCAGCUCCCAUUGUUCCUGUACCCUCGUCAAGCAAGCGAUUGCUUCAAACGGACAAGGACGAGGAUCAGCCAACCAUAUCCAUCAAGAAACCACGCACAGACUUGGACGUGGACUUCAAGCAAGAUUUCGACAUCUACGAUAACAGGCCCGGAGGUGAGCAAGAGCAAGAGCUUGGCUAUGAAGAAUGUGGAGAGGAGAGAUUGAGACAUGAAGAGCUCGAUGACCACCCAGAUACCAUUAAUCCCUCCAUCGAUCUCGAUAAUGCCCACCUGCGCAGUGAUGAUAUUGUCGAUGAUGAAGAUCUACAUAAUUCUAAUGAUGACUUCAUACGUGAUGAAGAGCGCGAUGACCACCUGAACACCGUCAAUGCCGACAUCAAUCGUAAUGAUGACCACCCACACAAUGCUGAUGUCGCUGAUGAUGAAGGUCUGCCUCACGCUAACGAUCCUCUCAUACAAGCAAUGGGGUGGACAGAUGAAGACCUAGAUGAGUUACACUGCAUGGCGCAGCUCGGGGACACCCAAGAUGCAAUGUCGUUUAUCACAGCGCUCCGUAAAGCGUCUUUGGAUGACCCCCAUUCACGCCUGCCUGAAGAGGCUCUUGCCAGGCUUCGCAAUCCCCCUCAUCAACUACCUGACAACACAACUCCUGACGACAUCAACACAACACCUGAAACCCACGAGUCCUCCAUCGAGAUCCCAGAUAUCUUGGCCACCUCCCCCUCCAAUCCUCUGAAACGAGCUAAAAAACAGCGAACCGACAGUACUAUGAGUGGCAUCCCAGACUCACAUUCACCACUCUCCAUCAGUUCCGAGAUUCCCUGUAUCGAAUCUUGUGAUCAAGAGAAUGAGAUCAAAAAUCCAUUGGACAACCUUGUCUUGAAACCUCAACCUCGACCUCUCCCGAAAGUGACCCCGGCGCCCACAUCUGAUGCCAACACCAACUCACCGGCAGUUACAGCCCCUUCCAAUGACUCGACACCGACGCCAUCCUUAGUGACCCCAACUAACCCUGACUCCGAUGCAGCAUCGCUCUCAGUCAAGAAAGAGCUGCUUGUACCUGCGCCCGCUAAGAAGGCUCAUCAACCAAGCGUGAAGCCGAUGCGUAUUGGCACGAAAGUAACACCUCGUAAUCUGUGUGCGCUCGAUUGGCAAGCAAAUGGUCACCAGCGUGAACCGGCUACAUCAGUAAACUACAAAUUUCGUCACAGACAUCAACAUUUUCAACAGUUCCCACAGUAA